UGUCUUCUUUUGUAGACUCAAAAAAAAAAAAAGAAUGGAACGAGUUGAGGGCUUGAGAAACGGCAACAGAGCAGAGGGAAGCAAUAGUAUAUCAGUAAGUAAGGGAUUGCAAGAUGAUUUAAUAGUUGGGGAGAUUGUCUCUCGCUUGCCCUUGAAGUUUGCAGUUCAAUGUAAAAUUGUAAGCAAGAAUUUUAAUAGAUGCAUUUCUGAUCCUAAAUUUUCCCAAACUUUGCUUCAACGUGAAAUGGAUUGUUCUACACAACUCAUCUAUACAUCAAAUGGUUCAAUGAGAAAAUUCCACAAAAUCUCCUUAAACCAUAUCCCAACUACUCAACGGAAGACGACUUUACCCGAUGACGUUGAAGUUUUGGCCUCAUGCAAGGGUCUCAUUCUCCUUGACUUUGAGGAAACUAAGGUCUACUGUAUUUUCAAUCCGAUAACUGGCACGCACCAAUUGAUACCAUACCCCGAGCCUACAACUUUUAUGAUGAUUGGUUUUCCAGGCCUAGCUGUUGAUUACUCGAGUUCAGAUCAAUAUACAUUGGUAACCAUCAGUAAGCUGGCUGAAAAUCCCAACCUGUUUUACAAAUUUCACGUACUUUCAUCGAAGCAACCUGGCUUGUGGCGUGAAUUCCAACUGAGAAGCAAUACUUUCAGUGAUUUGGCCGUCGGCUGUCCACCUGUUUACUGGUGCAAUUCUCUGUAUUGGCUCAGAAGCGACGGUAGUGUUAUAGCUUAUGAUACAGAGAAAGAAGAGGCUAUAAUACUUGACCGUCCGGAGUUUAUUGAUCAUUCUGAUAAUGGUAAAAUUCUGAUUGGUCGCGAUAUAUGGCUAGGAGUGGCACAAGGUUUACUUACUCUUGUUUGCAUAUUCGAGAAGUCCAUUGUCAUUGCUUCUUAUGAUAAUAGCAGCAAUUGGAACGUUUACCACAAGUUGGAAAACUUUAUUUCCAGUUCGGAUGGAAUUAUUAAUGGUUUUCCGGUCUUGAUCGACAGCAAACAGGUGUUGUUCGUGGUAGAACAUCCCCCGGCAAUGUAUGACCUAUACGAGUAUGAUAUUGAGAUCAGUGAGUACAGGAAAGCGCCAGUGUUGAACAUAGUUAAUUAUCCCCUGCAUUCCUUCGAACCAACAUUAGCCAGUGUUCAUGCGACGCCUUCGGAAAUAGUAAACACUCAUCAUUUGUCAUAUAUCGCUGCAAAGUUAGAUGUGUUCAGAAGAUUUAUUACUGAAGGUGUUUCCCACCAAGAAGAAGAAGAAGAAGAAGAAGAAAGUUCAUCAUCGUCAUCAUCAUCAUCAUUAUCAGAAGAAGAAGAAGCUAUUCCAGGUAGUGAUCCAGUUACUAGCACUAAUAAAGGAGGAAGAAAGAAUAGGGGGAUUACAUUUUUGUGCCACACAGUUCCAGAACUGUCUACUAAUGUAGCAGUCAAAAAAUAUGUGAUUGAUAUCUUCAGGCUUUUUAAUGCCAGUCCUCCAUCUAUUUUGGCUGUGGUCCCCCCAGAUGAAAUUCCUUUGGACUCUAUUGAUUUGUUGGGUAAUUUUUGUGGGAAGCUUAAUAUAUUGCAUAACAUGGUUAGGGAUGCUACUAAGCCAAGCUUUAGUGAGGACUGUCCUACCAGCUAUGUUAAGGAAUUUAGUUUUCCAGCCAGCUAG